AUGCGCCUGCUUCUGCUCGUGGCUGGAUUAACCAGCUGCGGCACUUUUUCUGCAACUGGUACCCGACACAGCUUCCUCAGUAAAAUGCUUGAGCAACCUGAAGGCGUGGUGCUAAAGACAGCAGAGAUUCACAGGAAUCUGUUUCGCGAGCCACCUAUGUCAAUCAAGCUGGAAAAUCGCUAUAAGUCCACAGGUCUUGGCGAGUUGGUCUCGCAUUUGAUCGACCAUCACACAACGUUGGCGAGUGUCGGAUCUUCUGGGAUGCUCGCGAGGCAAGAAUUGCUCAAUUACCACAACAGUCAGUACUUUGGAGAAAUAAAAAUUGGGACUCCUGGGAGAAGGUUCGUCGUGGUUUUCGAUACUGGCUCAUCAAACCUCUGGGUUCCCGCAGCAGGAUGCGACAGGGGGGGAUGUGUCCCCCAUGAGAAAUUUGACGCGCAGUACUCCAGCACCUUCUCCCCCAUGCAGUCUGCGACGGGAGACCCCGCAGUAGCAUUUAUACAAUACGGAACUGGAGCGUGUAUCCUACAAAUGGGACGAGACGUCGUAGAAAUCGGUGGCAUCAAGGUUCCAAACCAGGCAAUCGGGCUGGCAGUUGAGGAAUCAACUCAUCCGUUCGCUGAUCUGCCCUUUGACGGGCUCGUUGGAUUGGGCUUCCCUGAUCUCACGCAAGAAGACGGACUUCCACCCAGCGCACUGCCAAUCGUGGACCAGAUGGUUAAGGAGAAAGUCUUGGACCGAAAUGUUUUCUCCGUGUACAUGAGUGAAGACAUCGACAAGCCCGGAGAGAUCUCGUUUGGAGCAGCAGACCCCAAGUACACCUUCACUGGACACACCCCGAAGUGGUUCCCCGUUAUUUCCCUUGAUUACUGGGAGAUCGGCCUUCACGGAAUCAAGAUUAACGGGAAGUCAUUCGGUGUCUGUGAAAAGCACGGCUGCCAUGCAGCAGUCGAUACUGGAUCUAGCUUGGUUACGGGUCCAACAUCUGUAAUCAAUCCUCUCAUUCAAGCGUUAGACGUUGGAGACGACUGUUCGAAUAUUGAAAGUCUUCCGACCCUCACAUUUGUCCUCAAGGACGUUUACGGAAGACUUGUGAACUUCACACUUGAGCCCAGAGACUACAUCGUCGAGGAAAUCGAUUCCAAAAGCCAUCCAAGCAGCUGCGCCGCCGGCUUCAUGGCAAUGGACGUACCAGCGCCUCGUGGUCCGCUCUUCGUACUAGGAAACUCCUUCAUCCGGAAAUACUAUACCAUAUUCGACCGCGAUCACAUGAUGGUUGGAUUCAUGCGGGCGAAUCACGAGGGUACCGGUACAGAGAUCAAGGGAAUGCCAUCCUCCGCGACAUCCGUGUCGGCGUCACUGUUCGUUGCAGCAAGCGCUGCUGUACUAGCACUGAGCCUUUUUUAA